AUGGCGAGCGUGUGCCAUGGGGAGGUGAGUGAGUUGCCGCCACCGCGCAGUGAGCAGAGAUUGAGCAGCGGGGUGAAUGAGAUGGACGCAGACUCCUCCGUCGCCACGGACGCGGGCACAGAUGCCUGCGCUGACGCGUUGCAGCUGCUGUUGACGCAGGCAAGUCCACGUUGCUCUGACUACAUUGACUCGUGGCGAAUGGAUGACAGUGGCGUGGAGCACGCCGCUCCCGCACUGGAUGUCGCAUUUCCCGUCAUGCACGCGUACAAUCUGCAGCUGACGGACACGAUUGCAGUGCAGCUUGGCGAGGUGGAUGGUGGAAGGCAGGAGUGCCGCGACCUCUUACGACCCUCCGUUCGACUGCUCUGCAGCAUCGGACGAAGCCUGGUGGUGGAGCAGUACCGCAGACAGGUGCCUGAGAGAAUACGGUUGCGUGGCGUGAAGGCGCCGAAGAUGAGUGAGGAGGCGCGCAGGGAGGAGCGCGAGUACUUGCACCAGACUCUGCCACCCACCGGCGUUGCUGUAGCCAGUCUGCGUUGGCGCGCGAAGGACUUGGGUGGAGUACCUGGUGAGGAAUCGGGAUCGGAGUGCGUGAUUCCUGUUGCACGGAAGGAGGCUCGAGUGUUUGUCCAAUCGCUCCCAAGCAACGUGCCGACAGUUGAGGUGGAGGGAGCAUCGGCGUUGCCUUCGACUAGCAGCACAGUGUCAGGAGAAAGCUGUCAACCCACACGCAAGGUGGUGAUCAUUGGCAAGCGGGUUAUGGAGGGUGGAGAUAAAGUGUGUUGCGAAGAGGCUGCGGCGGACGAAGGUGGACAGUCAUGGCGAAGGUGGUUGCUGUCAGGAAAUGCAGAAGAGGUGCCUGCGAAACGACUGCGAUGCGAGUCUGCGACAGGGGUGGAGGUGGUUGGGCCUCCACCACGGCCAUCGCUGCUGCCGCAAGCAGCACCGACACCGCCUUCUGCCUUGCCUGUUGUACGAACGGCUGAUUCGCCGACUGGUGGCAUGCAUGCGAGAGGUGCUGUGCCUGCUGCAGCGUUGUCCACUUCGUGUCUGCCGAAGCCGCGUACGGAGGCCACCUUCCCCUCUCAUUCAGUGAUGCAGGAACCGCGACGCCCGUGUUCCUUUGUUUUCCACCACAGUGUGGUGAACGCGGCAUCGGGACAAGAGGGAGGUGCAGUGUUGGCCGAAUCGCACAAUGGGUCGGUGAAGGGAAUCGCCACGACCGAUGGUGGCAGGAAUGACUGUGUUGCCGAGAGACUUGCUGAUAUUGUGAAAUCAUCGGGGAAACCUCAGUCUCUUACCGGUCCGUCAAUGGUGCCAGGAAAUCCAUACACAGCAUUUGCCAGUCAGGAGACGGAGGCGUGUGAGCCAUCCGCCUUCUCCUCCCGCGACGCCAAAUACGUGCAUUUAGAGAGAGAGAGCGGUGAUGUGGUGAUGAUGUGUCCCAUGUGCUCCUUCUCGAGCUGUGACAGGGAGGCCAUAAUGCGGCAUGUGAUAGAUACUCACUAG